GCGCACUCCGCGAUCACGGUGACGGUUCUGGCAGCACUGAGCAGCAGACAGCAACGCAUCCGUCUUUACGCAGCGCACGAGCGAUGAGCAGAUAACCUGAGCGAGAUGUCCACCCUGAACCGAGCCCGGGAGAGCAGAACUUAAUCUAGGAGUUCUUAUCUGGAACAUUAUUACAUUUUUUUAUGUAAAGAUCUGAUCUGACCAAAAUAUCUCCUUUUUUAUACCCCUUGAAUAACCCCUCUUCCCUUAGUUUCUUUCCUUUUAUUAUUGCCAGUUUGUUUUGAACAACUUUGGUCCUGCCAUGCUGGGGAAAGUGGGGUUGCUUUUUCUCGCCUGCUGUUGGGGGGUGGCCACCACGGAGCCUCAGAAAGCUGCCAAACAAUUCCAGCCAGGAACUUUGGAUUUCGGUUUUGUUCCUUCUGGAGUUUACGAGACGCUCGCCUACUAUGAGCCUGGAGCGAUCGGGAUUCUCUUUCACAUGGUGCACGCUUUCCUGUACGUGGUGCAGCCUAACCCCUUCCCCAAAGAUCUCAUCGUCAAAGUGGCCCUGCAAAGCAUGGGAGAGCUCCAGACGGAAUAUAAGAAGCCAGAGAACGUAGUUCUGUCACUUCAGGCCGUAUACUAUGAGAUAGGGUUUGUGGUGUGUGCGUGCGUGGGGGUGCUGUUUGUGCUGCUGACGCCGCUGGUGGGGCUGUGCUUCUGCAUGUGCCGCUGCUGCGAGAACUGCGGCGGGGAGAUGCACCAGCGCCAGCGCAAGAACGCGGACUGCCAGAGGGGCUUCUUCACCACCGUCCUCAUCGCCACCUCCGUCAUCAUCACAGCUGGCGUGCUGUGCGCUUACGCUGCCAACCAGAACCUCACCAACCAGCUGAAGGGCACCAGGAGGCUGGUCAACGCCAACAUUAAGGACCUCAAGUCCUUCGCCAACGAGACCCCCGCGCAAAUCGACUACCUUACUGCUCAGUACAACACCGCCAAGAACAAAGUCCUGUACGACCUGGACAAUAUUCACCAGCUGCUGGGAGUUAAAAUUCAGGCUCAGCUUGGAAAAGAAGUUCUUCCUGCUCUCGAUGCAGCCCUGAGCAUGGCUUCAGUUAAAGUGGAGAUGGCAAUCAAAGCGAUGCGGGAGACUAAGGAGGCUCUGGAGAACGUGAGCGCUGCUCUGGACACCCUGCAGGGCGGCAGCACUGAGCUGCAGACCCUCCUGAGCAACGUCAGGUCCAGCCUGGGCAACACGCUCAACGACCCGGCCUGCUCCAACGGCGCCGUGUCCCACACCUGCAACACCAUCCGCGGCACGCUCAGCCAGCUGGGCAUCAACGCCGACUUCACUGGGUUGCCUGAAGUGGGUCAGCAGCUGGAGAAUGUGAACAAUGUUCUAAAGACUGACCUCAGCAACAUCGUUCAAAAGGGGUAUUCCUCGUUUAACAACACUCCCAGCAUGGUAAAAGAACAGACCAGGGGUGUGGUUCUAGGGGUCAAAGGCGUGCUCGACACCAUCGGGGGAAACAUCACCGCCUUCGCCAAAAUGUUCGCCAUCCAGGACUCCCUGGCCAACUUCACCCUUUUCCUUACAGAGAAGCAGAUGAUGAUGGAGGCCUUCUACCCACAGAUCGACCAGAUGGACUUUUACAGGUGGGUCGGCUGUGUGGUGGUAUGCUGUAUGGUGGUGCUCAUCCUUGCGUUCAACUUCCUGGGUAUACUGUGCGGAAGCUGCGGUUACGACAAACACGCCACCCCCACCACCCGCGGCUGCCUGUCCAACACCGGCGGCAUCCUCCUCAUGGCUGGAGUUGGCUUCAGCUUCAUCUUCUCCUGGGUGCUGAUGGCCUUGGUCACUACCACCUUCGUCGUCGGGGGCAACGUGGAGAAGCUAGUCUGUGAGCCUUAUGAGACCAGACAGCUUUUCAAGGUCAUGGACACUCCGUACAUGGUGAACCCCAAAGCACGAAACAUCCUCCCAACCAUGCUUUUCGGCAAACCGGACCUGGACCUCACCAUAGAGAGCGUUUACAGGAGCUGCAAAGAAAACAGAGGCCUCUACUCUGCGCUGAAAUUGGACAAUCUCUUCAAUGUGCACACGUUCUUGAAUAUCAGUGUGUACACCAAGGAUCUGACUAAACUGUUCAACGAGGUGAAGGUGGACUUCCGGGGGAUUGUGUUGCUGGAGGCCGCGGGGAGGGAGAACCUCAUGCAGUUUGCCAACACAGGCGUCGGGGGCAUCAACUACGCUGCUUACCUGGCUGAGGUAAACAAAGGUGUGACACUGGUGGACCUGCUGUCAUUUGCCAAUGAGUUGGAGGCUCAAGCAGACCAGCUGCCGCGAGGAGCGUUGGAGAACGCGCUGAAGGGACACGCCAGCAGCAUCCGCCAGAUCCACAGCCUGCAGGUGGUCCCCAUGGAGCAGGCCAUGAAAUUUGUUCGAGCGAGGAGCACUCUGAAUCAGAGCAUUCGGCAGCUUCAGAGAUCUGCUUCUACCCUGCCGGACACGAUCAACGAUGUGCUGAGCGCCAUCAACGCAGCGGAAUACCUCAUCAGCCAGAACGCAUCGUUCGUGGUCCAGCAGGAAACCCUGAAGUACAUGCAGAACGUCGGGGGGUACUUCAGACAGUACAUGGACUGGGUCAAAACCUCACUGGAUAUGGAAGUUGCACCCUGCAAGCCCCUCAGUAACAUUCUGGACAGCAUGGAGAUUGUGGCCUGCAGCUUCAUAGUGGACUCAUUGAACACCUUCUGGUUUGGCCUCGGCUGCUGUGCGAUUUUCCUCGUCCCCAGUAUAAUAUUCUCGGUGAAGCUGGCGAAAUUCUACCGCAGGAUGGACACGGAGGACGUUUACGAUGAUGGCACGGAGAACUGGAGCUGAAGCGCAGCCGAUGAUGAAUAUCUGGAAGCUUCCAGAAUUUGGACCAAAGAAGCUCCUGCUCUUAUUCAGCCUGCAGAACAGUCCGCACGUUCCUGGAACUUCACCUCCACCUGGUUAACUCAUCACGUCCACCUGGCUAACAUCAUCUUCACCUGGUCCAAAUACAGCAGCUCCGCCACCCAAAUCUCAGCCGUUUUUUACUUCACUUCUCAUGCAAAAUCAUUUGUUUUUUUUUUUAACGGAGUCGUUUUUUCUAGAUGUGUGAUGUUUGGGUAAAGAAACUUGAAACUUAUUAUAAUAGCACUCUCCUUGGCAACAUGAUACAUGAUACAUCUCAAAUCGUAAUUGUCUAUGAAACCUCAUUUCUCAAAUAUAAGUUACAUAUGCAGGUCAGCUAUUAUGUACAUUUUAUAUGCUUUCAAAACUUUGGAAGUUUUAUAUAUUUUUUGUGAAUAUUUGUUUUAUAAACCAUGUUGUUAGUUUUUUCUUCCUUGCGCAUGUGUUGGGGACUCAGUCACUGGCUUUUACAGGAAUAGAGGUGAAUUUUUGUUUUUACGGGUGAAAAUUCACUACAUGGGAAUAGAUAAUUUCCCCUCUUAUGCAGCUACAAAAAUGAAUGUUCUGGCUGUGUUGGAAUGGGCAUAUACAGUUAAAUGCAGUUAGCCAAUCAAACUGUCGUAGGCUCAGGAGUGAUGCCGUCUGUGGGUGGUGCCAAUUUGGGGAGGCUGUGUGUAAAUUGUGCUUAUAUUACACUGGUUAAUAAUACUACACCAAAUAAUAUUACACUGGAUAUUAUUACACUGGGUAAUAUUACUACACUAAAUAAUAUUACACUGGUUAUUAUUACACUGGGUAAUAUUAAAGUGGACAAUAUUAUGCUGGGUAGUAAUACACUGGGUGAUAGUACUCUUGGUAAUAUUACACUUGGUUAUAUUACCCUGGGUAUUAUUACACUGGGUAAUAUUACAUAUACAGACUCCCUGAAGAUACCAUGGCAUCCGUAUGCUUCUGCAGGUGUUCUGUGUCCGCAGUUAUAACCUGUCCCUUUGACUGUUAAAGACCUCAGCUAAUGUUUUUUACACCAGUGUAAAAAAAAUAGGCUUUUGUUAUAAAGUUGGACGCGUGUAGGAAUGCCCAGCUUGUGAAAUAGCUCUUUACGAGGUGUGGUGUUAGCUUACACUGGGGAAGUGUACCAUUGGACAACUCGAGGUGUAAAAAUUGUGAAUUAAAAAAAGUCAAAAUUUUCCAGUUC